AUGUUCUCGGUGCAGGAGGCGCUGCCCCGGGGGGGGGUCCCCAUGAAGGAGGAGCCGCUGAGCGCGGGGCUUCCCGCCGGCCGCUGGCUGCAGGGCACCGGCAUCCUGGACGCCAGCACGGCGGCGCAGAGCGGGGUGUCGCUGGCCCGCGCUCACUUCGAGAAGCAGCCGCCGGCCAACCUGCGCAAGUCCAACUUCUUCCACUUCGUGCUGGCCAUGUACGACCGCCAGGGCCAGCCCGUGGAGGUGGAGCGCACCUGCUUCAUCGACUUCGUGGAGAAGGAGCGGGAGCAGAACGGGGAGAAAACCAACAACGGGAUCCACUACCGGCUGCAGCUGCUCUACAGCAACGGGCUGCGGACCGAGCAGGAUUUGUACGUCCGCCUCAUUGACUCCAUGUCCAAGCAGGCCAUCAUUUACGAGGGGCAGGACAAGAACCCCGAGAUGUGCCGGGUGCUGCUGACGCACGAGAUCAUGUGCAGCCGCUGCUGUGACAAGAAGAGCUGCGGGAACCGCAACGAGACCCCCUCGGACCCCGUCAUCAUCGACAGGUUUUUCCUCAAGUUUUUCCUCAAGUGCAACCAGAACUGCCUGAAAAACGCCGGGAACCCGCGGGACAUGCGACGCUUCCAGGUGGUGGUGUCCACCACGGUGCACGUGGACGGCCACGUCCUGGCCGUGUCCGACAACAUGUUCGUCCACAACAACUCCAAGCACGGCCGGCGCGCCCGGCGCCUCGACCCCUCCGAAGCAGCCACCCCCUGCAUCAAGGCCAUCAGCCCCAGCGAGGGCUGGACCACGGGCGGUGCCACCGUCAUCGUCAUCGGCGACAACUUCUUCGAUGGCCUCCAGGUGCUCUUCGGCACCGUGCUGGUGUGGAGCGAGCCCCCCCCCCGCCACAUCCCGGGGGUCGUGGAGGUGACAUUGUCCUACAAGGCCAAGCACUUCUGCAAGGGCGCCCCGGGACGCUUCAUCUACACCGCCCUGAACGAGCCCACCAUCGAUUACGGCUUCCAGCGGCUGCAGAAGGUGAUCCCGCGGCACCCCGGGGACCCCGAGCGCCUGCCCAAGGAGGUGCUGCUGAAGCGCGCGGCCGACCUGGUGGAGGCGCUUUAUGGGGUCCCCCACAGCAACCAGGACGUGCUGCUGAAGCGGGCGGCCGACGUGGCCGAGGCGCUCUACAGUGUCCCCAGGGCCCCCGCGCAUGUCACUGUCCCCUCCUUCGGCGGGGGACAGCUCGGCCUCGCCAUGGGCGACUCCCCGCAGGGCUCCGAACAAGGGUUCUCGCGCAGCCCCGGGUCGCCCCCGGCGCGGGGGUUCGGCCCCCCGGGCUCGGCCCCCCAGCAGGGCUUUGCCGGGGCCACCGGCGGCUUCGGCGGGGCCACCAUGGCCGGGCUGGGGGUCCCCGGGUCCCCUCCGAGCUUCCUGAACGGCUCCACCGCCACCUCCCCCUACGCCAUCCUGCCCGCCAGUCCCCCUCUGGGCGCCUCGUCCGUCGCUGUCACCUCGGGCCCGGGCACGGCCACCUCGCCCGGUGGCUUCUCCUUCUCUCCGGUGACGAUGAUCUCGGCCGUGAAGCAGAAGAGCGCCUUCGCCCCCGUGCUGCGGCCACAGGGGUCCCCCCCGCCCGCCUGCGCCAGCGCCCUGCAAGACCCGGCUUUCGAGGACUCGGACAAAUUCCACGCUCCGGCGCGGCCGCUCCAGGGAUUGGCCUAUUCCUAAGGAAGGCGUGUCCAGAGGGGCUCCGGACCCCCCAUCCCGCCGGGACAAGGAC